CAAUCAAACAAAUUAUAAUCACGAAUUUCCAUAACACUGUUCGCUUCACCGGUCAAAAGAAAAAUUAUUUCGAACUUCGUAGUUUUGACUUGGUAUUGAGUAUUAUGACCCGCCUUUGAUUUGUUUAUUCAUGAUUGCCGGUUAGUAUUCAGUAAAUCUAUUCAAUUCAAAUGGGAGUUUGGUGUCGAAUAAAAAAUGUUUUGAUUGGCGUGGCUAUUGGACGUACAGUAAUUGACACAUUUGGUUCUGUGGCCAGAGUUGAUGGAAUUUCUAUGCAACCAACAUUCAAUCCAAAUAACACAGUGGACUUUGUAUUUCUGUCAUAUAUUCCAGUACGAUUUGAUUCUAUUAAGCGCGGUGAUAUUAUUGUAGCCAUAUCACCUAGGAAUCCAAAUGAAACAAUUAUUAAACGUGUUAUCGGUGUUGAAGGUGACAUUGUAGUAUCAAAAAAAAAGAAUAAUAUUUCAGGUACACAAAAAUUUGUUCCUAAAGGAUACUAUUGGAUUGAAGGUGAUCACAAGGGCCACACAUAUGAUUCUACUAGUUUUGGUCCAAUUUCUAAAGGUCUUGUUAUUGCAAAGGUUUCAGUUAUAAUUUGGCCUCCUAGUAGAUGGCAAAUACUCCAGUCUCACCAAAAAUAAGAGUUUAUAAAUUCAAGUCAUCAUUGUUAUCAUACUGAAGUGAAAAAGAUAUUUAGCACCCGGUAUAAGACUACAAAUUAUAGCUAGAAGAAAAUCAAAGUAUAAAUAAUCUAAUAUUUCAAAUAUCUGUAUCUAUUUAAUAUAAUAUUUAUUUUUAUUCUGUAAGGUUGUAUCAUUAAAAAUUGUUAGCAUCUGAUAUACAAUGGUGCUUAUCAUAAAUAUUUAUUUAUAAUAUUAUAACAAUUUUAAAUUGAACUCGCUACACAUAGUCGUGUUGU